AUGGUCACGGGCUUGCCUAAAGUUGAAGAAGUAAAGAAGGCGUGUGAAGCUUGCUUGAAGGGGAAACAGCACCGCGAACCAUUUCCAAAACAGAGCUCAUGGAGUAUUGGGGUUAUUGGCGUUAAUGGGGUUAUUAGUUCUGAGCUAAUAUUACAAGGAAACGGUGGUGGUGGCUGCGGAUACGGUGGAGGAGGAGGUUAUGGUGGUGGUGGUGAUGGGGCUUGUUACAAGUGCGGAGAGCCUGGUCAUAUGGCGAGAGACUGUUCCCAAGGCGGCGGCGGCGGCUACAGAGGCGGCGGUAGGUUCUGA